GUGUGCCAGGGGGAAGCGUGAGUGCCUUCCCACCGCCCGGCAGCUGCAGCCCCACCUGCUGAGCAGCUCUUUCUGUCGUCCUUUGCCCUUUGCGGAAAGCAGCCCGGGCCGGUGAGGCUCCCUGACCUGCGCUCGUACCACGUGGCGGAGCCUCACUCCCAGGUGCCCAAGAACAGCAGCGUAGUCUCCGACUAAUUAAUAAAGCGGAAUUUGCCAUCACUCCUCCUCCCCGUGCUCAGACACCUCGUCUGAGAGGGCGCUUUCUUCCGCACCAACCGCAGCUGAGCCCCCCCCGGAACUUCCCUAGGGCGGAACGUUCGCGCGGGGCCGCCGCGUGCCCCGGGCCCGGCGCAGCGGACCGCUCCCCCCGGGGGGACCGCUUUGGCGGCGGACCUGGGGGCAGCGUACGGGGGCCGCCGGCGACAUGGGUACGGCGGCGGCCGAGAGCUUCCUGAAGCAGGCCAGGGAGGUGCAGGAGGACGAGCUGAGCAGGUUCGCCGCCCGCGUCGCCGCGCAGCUGCAAGGCCCGGAGCCGGGCCCCGAGGCCGCGGACUGUCUGCAGCGGCUGCACCUCGUCCUGGCCGCCAGCAAGAGCCCCCGCCAGCUGGAUGCUCAGCUGGUGGAGCUGCUGCAGGCCGUGCUGUGCUCGCCCAAGUGCCCCGAGCAGAUCCAGCUGCUGUGCGCUGCCGUCCUGAGAGAGAUGUCGCCCUGCGAUGGGCUGCGCCUCUCCUGCCAUAGGAUUCACGACACAAAGCUCCUGAGCCUGGUGUCCUCCGUCCUUUUGGCACAGGGAGAAGAGAAGGCUGAAGUGUCUGCUGUGGGACAGUGUAUUGUAAAAGCCCUGGAAGGAAGAUUGCCUGAGGGUCAGAGUUCUCGGUACCUUCUUCCCGUCCUGUCAAAUGUCAUCAGUCUGUCACCAGAAGCUCUAACUGAAGAGCAGACCAAUGUAGUCAGCAAAAAGAUGGCUGACUGGCUGAGGUAUGCAAGUAUUCAGCAAGGAGUCGCUCAGCCCUCUGGAGGCUUCUUCUCCAAUCCCAGAACCAGACAGCCUGGCCCUGUCACAGAGGUGGACGGUGCCAUUGCCACAGACUUCUUCACGGUGCUCUCUCUGGGUCAGUACUACACAGAAGAUCAGUGGCUCAACAUGCAAGCCUUCUCUAUGCUGCAAAAAUGGCUGCUGUGCUAUGGGGGCAAGGAAAUGAGCACACCAAAUUCAGGUGACAAAUCAGCAAUGGACAGGUCUGUGAUGCCUGUGGUCUCAGCUACAUCCACGUCUAGUCGCCUGCUUCCCCCAAAGGAGCGUCUGCGGGAGAAAGCUUUCGAAUACUGCCAGCGCCUUAUUGAGCAGAGCAAUCGCCAAGCCCUGAAGAAAGCUGAUGGAGACCUGCAGAAAGCUUGUCUCAUUGAGGCAGUGACAAUCAUGGACAUCAUCUGCAAACAGGACUCCUCCUAUGUGUACCGCGCAGCGUCCUUCCUGAAGAUCUUGCAUGGCAGGAUCAGCGGGGACACCACUUACGCCAGGGCAUUGCUGCCCAUUGCCCAGUUCUUCCUAAAUCAUGGCGAGAUGGCAGCUGUGGACUCUGAUGCAAUCUACAAACACUUAUUCACUGAUAUCCCAGCUCAGCUCUUCCACAACUCAUCACUGGCCUUUGAAUUUGUCCUGUUCUGCAAAGACAACAGCCAGCUCUUCACUGAGACCUCCAGCAUAUUCAGGCAGAGUUUUCCAAAUCUCUUCAAGUUUCUGGCAUGGAACAGUCCCCCCCUUAUCGCUGAGUUUGUGGACAUUCUUCCAUUUCUGCUGGAUGCAGGCACAGCCAUUGAGAUCUUCCAUUUGUUGCUUGACCUACCCUGUCUGACAGCAGCUCUGGAUGUCCAGAUGAGGUCGUCCUCUCUCCCAUCCUCCGAGAGGGCUGCCUGUGACGCUGCUGUGAAGCCAGCCGCCUGUCUGGAGGCCUUUCGCAAUCCCCUCUACAGGAGCGCGUUCCAGUACCUUCUCCGCGUCGAAUCUGUUUCUGAAGACUCCCAGGAGAGGCUGAUUCCACUCCGACAGCUGCUGGGAUCCCUGGCCAGCAGCCCAAGGGUCGUGCAGUGUGCAGACACUGUCCCUGUCUUGCUGGAGCUCUUUUUCAGUGUGGUGGCAGAGUUUGCAGAUGCAUCUCUGAUAAACCAGCUGGUGGUGCUGGUGCUGCAGAGAAGCGACCAACUCUACGAGAUCCCAGCGUUUAAAGAUGACGUGCAUAGGGUGCUGAGCUCACAGCUGGUGAUGCUCUGCAAGCUACGCCCUGCACUCGUUGUGGAACUGUCCAAAGAGUUUCUGGAGUUCUCAGGAACCGUCAGCAACAUCCAGAACAAGGAGCCCAUCUUCACCCACGUGGUCUGGGCUAUUGGAGAGUACAUGUCUGUGUCCUAUGACAAGCGCUGCACUGUGGAACAGAUCAACCGGUUCUUUGAGACUCUAGAGGCUGUGCUGUUUGAAGUCACCCAGGUCCGACCACAGGCCAGCAUCCCCAACUACGCACCCCGUGCCAUCACUGUCCUUAUGACUGCCUUGACCAAGCUGGCAGCUCGCAGCCAGGACUUGAUCCCCAGGGUGUCCUUGUUCCUGUCCAAGAUGAGGACAUUUGUGCAGAGCCCUGCUGUCACCUCUGUGUACUGUGAAGAGGACCGUGAGGAGAUCCUUACCCGGGCAACUGAGCUCAUGAACCUUCUAAAAAUGCCAAGUGUGGCUCAGUUUGUGUUCACACCAUCUGUGGAUGUGGCCCGUACACGGUUUCAGAAGGAGGUGAAUGACACCCUCCCUUCUGCUCUGAGGAUAGUGACCCGUCUCCUGGAACCAGCUCCUGGCUUCGUGCCGGGGUGAGGUUUGUGGGAGGCUCCAGCUCCUACUGCAACUGAUCUGACACAGCCAACACUCAAGGCUGAGUGCUCUGAACUGGAAAUGAGGGACAAAUGAUUGUGAAUGAAACAGGAAACAGGAAUAAGUAGAGCUGAGGCUGCUCUUUGGAUCUCAGCCUGUUUGUGCGUCUCUCUGGUAGUACCUGUUGCUUUUCUACCUCCUAUUCCUGUCCUACCUCUCCCGGGCCAGUACAGAUUGAAAGUAACAGUGGGUUUGUGUGAAUGAGUGAGCGAGUGCUUGCGUUAACACCCUGCCAGCCCAUCACCUCCCCUUAUUGGCAUUCAUCCUCUUCUCUCCCUUCCCCUAACUACAUCCUGCCUGUGCACGUGAUUCUUCUGUCGCCUCUGCUUGCCUAGCCAAGGCCUGUCUGAGGCAGAGAAAGCAGAAGUGACUCCAUUAAAUCUGUUGUGAGCCUUCA